AGGGGUCACAAUUUUCACAUCUGCUUGGGAUGAGCAAGAACAUCUGACAUUAAUAAUCCAAAAUUUUGAUAAUCAACAUCGAUCUAUUAGGCUGAAAGCUUAGCUAUGUGGAGCUACUCAACAUUUAGAUAGAAAUUUUCAAUUACUUUUCUUCGUUAAUUUCUUCAUCGUCUCUUCUAGGUAGCAACCGGAAGGAUUAAGUGAAAAACCUUAAAUUCGUGCCAUGGAUAUUAAUCUUAGGCUCCCUUCAGGAGAACAUGAGAAGGAAGAAAGAGAAGAGUCGAGAGAGAUAACCAUUAUGAUGGACGACGAGCAUAAAGUGCACAGUGAAAAUGCUUUAGGCCAAAAUAUGGCUGUAAAUACUCAGUCCGUUGAUAUAGUAGACUUUAAGGAUGACAUAAAUCUCGAACCUAUAUCGGGUAUGGAAUUUGAAUCACAUGGGGAAGCAUAUUCCUAUUAUCAAGAGUAUGCAAGAUCUAAGGGUUUCAGUACAGCAAUACAAAACAGCCGUCGUUCAAAAACAUCACGGGAAUUCAUCGAUGCAAAAUUUGCUUGUUCCCGAUAUGGAACGAAAAGGGAACACGAUAAAUCAUUCAACAGACCCCGUGGUCGACAAGUAACCAAUCAGGAUCCUGAAAAUGCAUCAGGCAGAAGGUCAUGCUCCAAAACCGACUGCAAAGCAAGUAUGCAUGUGAAAAGACGACCUGAUGGAAAAUGGAUUAUCCAUAGAUAUGAAAAAGAUCAUAAUCAUGAACUUUUACCUGCCCAAGCUGUCAGUGAACAGACAAGAAAAAUGUAUGCUGCAAUGGCACGCCAAUUUGCAGAGUAUAAAAACGUGGUUGGUUUGAAAAAUGAUUCUAAUAAUUUAUUCGAUAAAUCCCGUAAUGCGGCUCUAGAAGCAGGAGAGUCGAACAUUUUGUGCAAAUUUUUCUUGCAGAUGCAGAGUUUGAAUUCAAAUUUCUUUUAUGCAGUAGAUGUAGGUGAAGAUCAACGGUUGAAAAAUAUGUUGUGGGUUGAUGCAAAAUCCAGGCAUGAUUAUGUCAACUUUUGCGAUGCUGUCUCAUUCGAUACAUCAUAUGUUAAAAACAAAUAUCGAAUGCCACUUGGUCUUUUCAUCGGGGUGAAUCAGCAUUAUCAGUUCAUACUCCUUGGAUGCGCGCUUCUGGGUGAUGAAACUACGAACACUUAUUCGUGGAUUAUGCAGACAUGGCUGACUGCAAUGGGUGGACGGGUGCCAAAAGUUGUAAUAACUGAUAAAGACCCGUGUAUAGAGUCUUCUGUUUUACAGGUGUUCCCGUCUUCAAAGCACUGUUUUUGUUUAUGGAAUAUAAUUGGCAAGAUUUCUGAAGUUCUUAAGCAUGACAAUUUUAUGGCCAAGUUUGAAAAGUGCAUUUAUAGGUCAUGGACUGAUGAGCAGUUUGAUAAAAGAUGGUUCAAAAUGGUGGACCGGCUCGGGCUCAAAGAUUCAGAUUGGGUGCAUUCAUUAUACGAAACCCGGAAACAAUGGGUCCCAAUUUACAUGCAGGAUGUUUUUUUAGCGGGAAUGUCAGCACUUCAACGAUCUGAGAGUGUGAACUGUUUCUUUGACAAAUAUGUACAUAGAAAAACAACUGUACACGAGUUUAUUAGACAAUAUGAAGUUAUUAUUCAAGAUCGGUAUGAAGAGGAAGCAAAGGGGGAUUCUGAUACAUGGUAUAAAGCACCAACAUUGAAGUCACCAUCACCUUUUGAAAAACAUGUGUCGGUUAUAUAUACACAUGCGGUAUUCAAGAAAUUUCAAGUUGAAGUUUUGGGUGCGGUUGCUUGUAGGCCUAUAGCGGAGGCAACAGAAGAUAUGAUCGUACCUUAUAGGGUUUCAGAUCAUGAAAAAAAUUUGGAUUUCAGUGUUUAUUAUAACCAGUCAACAUCCGAAGUAUCAUGUAGUUGUCGUUUGUUUGAGUUCAAGGGUUUUCUUUGUAGACAUGCAUUGAUUGUUCUCCAAAUGUGUGGGCUUUCUACCAUCCCGUCACAGUAUAUCUUAAAAAGGUGGACAAAAGAUGUGAAAAAUCAAGUGUUAAUAUCAGAAGGAUCUGAGGUCUUGCCAUUUAGGGUUCAGAGAUAUAAUGAUUUAUGUCAAAAAGCCAUUAAAUUGGGUGAAGAGGGAUCGCUAUCUCAAGAUAGUUAUAAUUUGGCAAUUCGUGCACUUGAAGAGGCUUAUGCAAAUUGUGUGUGCUUGAAUAACUCCAAUAAGAACCUUACUGAAGCGGGAAACUCAACUGCCCCAGGUGUUUUAAGAAUUGAAGAAGAUAAUCAAAAUAGAAAUAUGCGUUCAAAUAAAAAAAAGAAUCCUAUGAAGAAAAGGAAGGCAAGCUCAGAACAGGAUGUUAUGACUGUUGGAACCCAAGACAGCUUGCAGCAGCUGGACAAGUUGAACUCACGGUCAGUGGCUCUAGAUGGUUAUUUUGGAGCACAACAAAGUAUGCAAGGAAUGGUUCAGCUUAACUUGAUGGCACCUGCAAGAGAUAACUAUUAUGGGAAUCAACAAGCUAUUCAGGGGCUGGGACAGUUGAAUUCAAUAGCACCAAAUCAUGAGGGCUACUAUGGUGCUCAGCCGACCCUUCAUAGCCUGCAUUCUUGUAUGCAGGGACAAAUGGACUUCUUUCGGUCACCAGGGUUCACAUAUGGCAUUCGGGAGGAACCCGGUGUGCGAACCACCCAAUUGCAUGAUGAUGGGUCUAGACAUACAUGAGUUUGUUUAUUUGCCAACCAAUAAAGUUUCUCAUCUACCAUGGAAUCAGAUUGAAAGGAGUACACUGGACUUGAUGGGAAUUUACAAUUUUACCUAGUGGACCGAAACAAUCACCACUACAAGGUAAAGAGGAUGGUUUGAGCAUCGUCAUCUUAUGUGUUAAGGAGACCAGAUUGGAGAGUGUUAUAUCCGAAGCUUUGUUGUAUCGUAUUAAAUAGUGUUUUCCACAGCAAGGUUGUGCUAAUACGAGUUUUACAUGAAAUGAGUAUGUUAGUAUCGGCAUAUGUAAACAUUUAGCCUUUGUAAAAAGGUGUUGUAUUACAAUUAUUAUGAUUCAAGUUAGAUAUGUAUGUUUCUUUAAA